AGAGCCCAGGGGAGCCAGUGUGAGGAGGUGGAGGAGGAGGGGUGCAGUCUGGGCGGGGCUGCACGAGGAGCCGAAGCGGCAGGCCUUACUCUCCUCACCCUCCACCCCCAGUGGGCCGAGGGGCCAAAGUCUUCGGCGAUGGAGGCGGCUCCUUGGACAGCUCGGGUCAAGCUACGCUGCGGCAGAUACUUCCAUAAAGGGCCUAGAAGAAACUUCCUCCUUGAAAGCCUGAAAAACCAGCAUAUGUAACACCUGGACUUGUGGAUAUAGUUUGACAAAAUGGCAGAAAACAAUAAUAAAAAUGUAGAUGUGAGACCCAAAACCAGUCGGAGUAGAAGUGCAGACAGAAAAGAUGGUUAUGUGUGGAGUGGGAAAAAGCUCUCUUGGUCCAAAAAGAAUGAGCACUCUUCUGAUACUGACACACCAGGUGCCACAGAGAAAGCUGACAUCCCUUUAGGGAGCCCAGAGAGGAAGCACAGCUGUUCGUCCAUUGAGUUGGAUUUAGAUCGCUCUUGUGGGCACAGAUUUUUGGGCCGGUCUCUUAAACAAAAACUGCAAGAUGCUAUGGGACAGUGCUUUCCCAUAAAAAAUUGUAGCAGUCGACACUCUCCAGUGCUCCCAUCAAAAAGAAAAAUUCUUAUCAGUGAACUCAUGUUAGAUAAGUGUCCUUUCCCACCUCAGUCAGAGCUGGCCUUUCGUUGGCAUUUAAUUAAACAACACACUGCCCCUAUAACUCCAAAAUCAGAUAACCGCAGAAGCACAGAAUUAUCUGAAAGUGAUAUGAGGGAUGUCCAACUGAAGGAAAGAGGUAACAGGGAAGAAAGUGUAAACUCUUUUUCACAUACUCAGGUUCAGCCAUGUGACACAACUACUGACAACCAUUCACAUCAUUGUGAUCCAAAGACUGAUUCUGUAAUGAACCUGGCAUCUAAUAACAGUAUAGAAGAUAGUGAUAUGGAUUCAGAUGAUGAAAUUUUAACACUUUGCACAAGUUCUAGGAAAAGAAACAAACCAAAAUGGGAAACUGAUGACGAAAUGCUGCAGUUGGAAACGCCUCCUAAAUACCACACUCAGAUAGAUUAUGUUCACUGUCUUGUUCCAGAUCUCCUUCAGAUCAAUAACAAUCCGUGUUAUUGGGGAGUAAUGGACAAAUAUGCAGCUGAGGCAUUACUGGAAGGAAAACCAGAGGGAACGUUUUUACUUCGUGACUCAGCACAGGAAGACUAUUUAUUCUCUGUUAGUUUUAGACGUUAUAGUCGUUCUCUUCAUGCUAGGAUUGAGCAAUGGAAUCACAACUUUAGCUUUGACGCACAUGAUCCUUGUGUCUUCCAUUCUCCUGAUAUUACUGGACUCUUAGAACAUUAUAAAGACCCAAGCUCUUGUAUGUUCUUUGAACCACUUUUAUCCACUCCUUUAAAUCGGACUUUCCCCUUUUCCCUUCAGCAUAUAUGCAGGACAGUUAUUUGUAACUGUACAACCUAUGAUGGCAUCGAUACCCUCCCAGUUCCUUCAUCUAUGAAAUUAUAUCUGAAGGAAUAUCACUAUAAAUCAAAAGUUAGAGUACUCAGGAUUGAUGUGCCAGAACAAUAAGGCCAGGGAGGAUUAGUGAUCAUAUAAAAGCUCUUUCAUGGCUUUUCCAAGUUUUUUUUCUUUUGCCAUUUUGAAAUUUUCUACAAGGUUAAAAUGCAAAUUAACAUGUACCUUAACUUUUAUUUCCAGAUACUUUUUUGGGAGGGCUGGUGAUACUAUUAAUGUUACCCACUAAGGCUUUAUGAUAGGUCUUCUGAGGUAUCUUGUAGCAGUUAUUCUUUUUUUGGUUUUUGGUUUUU